GGGGGCUGUGUGUCCCAGCCGUCAUUGACAGCUGAGAGUCUACUUAACAAAAUAAAUACAAUUAAGACGCUUUUUCACCUUAAGCUGCCAGGUCAGACCAGAACAUGGAGUCCAUGCUGAACAAGCUAAAAAGCACCGUCACAAAGGUGACGGCAGAUGUUACCAGUGCUGUGAUGGGCAACCCGGUGACACGGGAGUUUGAGGUUGGACGACAUAUCGCCAGUGGAGGUCCUGGUUUGUGUUGGAGGAUCUACAAUGGCACCAAGAAGUCCACCAAACAGGAAGUGGCAGUGUUUGUGUUUGAUAAGAAGAUGAUUGACAAGUAUCAGAAAUUUGAGAAGGACCAAAUAAUUGAUUCUCUGAAAAGAGGGGUGCAACAGCUGACCAGAUUGCGUCACCCCCGUCUCCUGACUGUGCAGCAUCCUCUGGAAGAGUCACGAGAUUGUUUGGCGUUCUGCACAGAGCCGGUGUUUGCCAGUCUCUCCAAUGUGCUCGGCCAUUGGGACAACCUGCCCGGCCCCGUGCCUGCUGACAUCAAGGAGUACAAACUCUAUGAUGUGGAGACCAAGUAUGGCUUGCUACAGAUUUCGGAGGGUUUGUCCUUUCUUCACAGUGGGGUGAAAAUGGUCCAUGGCAACCUGAGUCCAGAGAACAUCAUCCUCAACAAGAGUGGAGCCUGGAAGAUCAUGGGCUUUGACUUCAGCAUCUCCUCUAUCAACCCAUCAGAUGCUGAUCCUAAAUACUCAUGUAAAGAAUGGGAGCCCAACCUCCCUCCUCUCUGCCUCCCCAACCCUGAGUACCUGGCCCCUGAGUACAUCCUGUCUGUCAGCUGUGAUUCAGCCUCUGACAUGUAUUCGCUGGGUGUGGUCAUGCAUGCUGUCUUCAAUGAGGGCAAGCCUGUUUUCCAAGUCAACAAGCAUGACAUUUUUAAGAGCUUCAGCAGGCAAUUGGACCAGCUGACCAAUAUAAGUCCAGCACUGUUGAACAAGAUCCCAGAGGAAGUGCGGGAACAUGUCAAGAUGCUGCUCAGUGUCACGCCUACUGUCCGACCUGAUGCUGACCAGAUGACCAAGAUCCCGUUUUUUGACGACGUGGGUGCAGUGACACUGCAGUACUUCGACUCACUCUUCCAGAGGGACAACCUACAAAAGUCCCAGUUCUACAAAGGCCUCCCAAAAGUCCUGCCUAAACUACCCAAGAGAGUGGUGAUGUAUCGCAUCUUGCCAUCGUUGACCUCUGAGUUCAUCAACCCCGACAUGGUUCCCUUUGUGCUUCCCAACGUGCUGCUGAUAGCCGAAGAGUGUACCAAGGAGGAGUAUGUUCGUCUCAUCUUGCCCGACCUCACACCUGUUUUCAAGCAGCAAGAGCCCAUCCAGAUCCUGCUGAUCUUCCUGCAAAAGAUGGACCUGCUGCUGACCAAAACACCAGCGGAGGACAUCAAGAAUUGCGUGCUGCCUAUGGUUUACCGAGCUCUGGAAGCCCCUUCUGUACAGAUCCAGGAGCUGUGCCUGAACAUCAUCCCAACGUUUGCUAACCUGAUUGAGUAUCCGUCCAUGAAGAACUCCCUCAUCCCUCGAAUUAAAUCAGCUUGCCUACAGACCUCCUCUCUUGCCGUGCGGGUGAACUCUCUAGUAUGUCUGGGGAAGAUUUUGGAGUACUUGGACAAGUGGUAUGUCAUUGAUGAGAUCCUGCCCUUCCUACAACAGAUCCCCUCUAGAGAACCAGCAGUACUCAUGGGCAUCCUAGGAAUCUAUAAGUGCACCUUCACCCACAAGAAACUGGGCAUCCCUAAAGAGCACCUUGCCUCCAAAAGCCUGCCCCACCUUGUGUCUCUUAGUAUAGACAACAACCUCAACCUUAAUCAGUUCAACUCGUUCAUGGUGGUUAUCCGUGACAUGCUGAGUCGCAUGGAGGCUGAACACAAGACCAAGUUGGAGCAGCUGCAUGUCAUGCAGGAGCAGCAGAGGAGUUUGAACAUAUCUACCACAGGGAUCCAGUCAGAGGAAACCAAGAGUCCACCUAGCUCUGGGAACCAGAUGGAUGAUAUCUUUGGCAGCACAGGGGUUAAUGGGAAAGAGAAUGGAUCUUCAGCUACAGCCUCACAGCCUAAUAGAAUGUCGCUGACUCUAGAGGAGAAACAGCGAUUAGCUAAGGAGCAAGAGCAGGCAGCCAAACUGAGGAGCCAGCAGCCUUUAGCACCACAGACUAUCAAACCAGCCUCCACCAACAACUCUCAGACUAAGGAUCUGACCAGCAGCCUUUUGAACAACAUGGCAUCUAUAAACAGUUUAUCCUUGGCUAACACACCACGACCAGCCCCAGUGCAGGGCAGCACCAUGUCUGUCUAUCCCUCCCCCAGCCCCAUGGUGGCCCCCAUGGGUGCCCCAGUGUCCAAUGGCUUCAACCCAUCCAUGGGAUUCCAGGCAGGAGGCAUGGGGAUGGGCAUGCGGCCCGCAGGCCCCAGCACCUAUGGCGGCAUGGCCACCACCACAAGCACCCCAAACUUUGGUGCCCUCACACAGAAUCAUGGACCUCUUGGGCAGACCAAUAAAGGCCCUGACAUGUCAGCCUUGGACAAUCUUUUUACAGCCAACAAGCCCAAAGUCACCCUCAACCAAAUGGGUCCUAUUCCUCCACCUGGACCCAACAGCCCCUGGCUCAAUCAGUACAGUUCAGCCCAGAACUCUCAGACUCAGAUGCAGGGGGCGCCAGUAGGUAUGGGAGGGAUGCAGAGUGGAUUUGGGAUGCAGGCAAACCCUUUUUUCAGCCCGCAGAACUUCUCUCAACCUACCGCUACCCCUGGCAUGAACCAAAGUGGGCUUAAACAAAGUGCAUCUGUCAACAAUGAUCUGAAAGACUUAUUUGGCUAAAAAGUAUAAAGCAUAUUCUUUUAAUGACUGUGGACAGAACAGCCUUGAUUUCUCUGAAUGUGAAGAUUUAAAAUCCCAUCAAGGGGUGUCGCUGUCUGUAUUUUUAAUCUGACCUGGUUUAAAUUCUGACACUUGAUCACAUUUUGCUGGCCGCUAGGCCUCAGCAAAUUAACCUGCACCUGAAUUCCAUUUCUACUUGACCAGAAGGACAAAUGGUUGGGGUGGGAACUUCUUCUAUGCUGUUCUUUAAAUGCUGGGGGUUUCCUACUGUUUUUGUACUUGACAUUCUUGGGAGUGCAGAUGUCACGGGUUGAGAUUAAUCCCAGCUCAGUUUAUUUAGGAAGGGUUUUUUUGUUUUGUUCAUAUCAUGAGUGAUCAAAUGGCUCGAGUGGACUCAACUCCCUAAACUAUUUGUAUCAGAAUCACCCCUUAAAUCCUGGAAGAAAACAGAAAAUGUCUUCCAUGGUUCAUAUCAGCUUAUUUGCACUCAUCUUAUCCAGGCUUCUGUACCUUUUUAUUGCUUUCCCAGACUAUAUUAGGAUUUGCUGCAUGUCUAAAGUAAUCACAGGUUGGCUUAAAAACAAAUACCGCAUAAACCAAAAUGUCUCAGCCCAGGGGGAGGUAGCUUGAAGUGUAGCACUAACAAGCUUGCAGUCACUGAUCUGCAUCCAGGAGGCUCCUCCGUGGAGAUGAUAUGAAAGGGGAUGUAGAAAAAUGACUGCCCAACAGUUGCUGUAGUA